AAGACCUUUACGUCAACUAAAACAAAGAUUACUGCCACAGCAGGUUGAAGUAUCAAAUCAGAGACGUUCAGGGGCAUACAACAGGGCAUGAAGUUUCAGAGCUAGAGCAUUCUUAUCUGCCAAGCCCAGAGACUCAACUCAAAAGACGCUUUAAGAUAUGUCGACGCACAAACACGAAUCUGGGAAUGCCAACGACUCGCCAUCGAGGCUACCUAGGCCUCAUCCUUUCAGCGUUGUGUCGCUGAUGUGCGACCGUGAUUUACAAAAGCCUCGCUCGAGUCCAACGUCGAGCAAAUCCGAACACAAGUUCUCAGUCGAAAGUCUUCUUCAGCACGGCUGUAGCAAGGAACAGCAAACGAGUUUGACGCUUGCAGAGCCGAUCAAGCGAAAUCUUAACGGAGUCGAGGAACGUGUGAUCAAAGAUGGUUUCUCAUCGUGGCUAAACUCUCCGAGAUACAGCCCAGCAAGAAUUCGCACGCAAAUCAGCCCGACCAAAUGUCAACUUCGCAAACACAAGACAAAUCGUAAGCCACGGACGCCAUUCACGACAACACAGCUUCUGGCAUUGGAGAGAAAGUUCCGUCAAAAACAAUACUUGUCUAUCGCCGAGCGCGCCGAAUUCUCGUCGUCCCUCAAUCUCACGGAGACACAGGUCAAGAUCUGGUUUCAAAAUCGCCGAGCAAAAGCGAAGAGACUUCACGAGGCCGAAAUUGAAAAAUAUAAGUUGGUCACGAAACCGAUACUGCUUCCGCCAAGCGUACCGAUUGCACCCCCGUCGUAUGCCACUACACGAAGUACCUGCACGACAGGAUGUCCGCAGACUCAUCCCCAUGGUCUGCCUCCCCUGUUCAUUAUUCCCCUCAAGGACAAUCCCCGUAUGUUGGUAUGA